AUGGUGAGCAGCUUUAGGGUGUCGGAGCUGCAGGUGCUGCUGGGCUUCGCGGGGCGCAACAAGAGCGGGCGCAAACAGGAGCUGCUCUGCAAGGCGCUGCAGCUGCUGCGCGCGGGCGGCAGCGCGGCCGUGCACACCAAGGUGCGGGAGCUCUACGGGCGCCGCAUCCCGCGCAGGAUCCUCACGCCCUCCGACUUCGCCCCGGCGCCCUUGCUGCCGGACGCGCGGGGAUCCGACGGGUCAUCCCGAGGAAAAUUCCGCUCCCGCAGGCCCCGCAUUCCCCACAUUCCUCCGCCCGCGCACGGGCAGCGCUUCGACGAGGCCCUGUUCACCUUCGCACUCACCCCGCAGCAAGUGCAGCAGAUCCUGGCGUCCCGAGAUAUCCUGCCUGGUGCCAAAUGCGAUUCCAGCAUCCAGGUCCAGCUAAGGUUCUGCUUGUGUGAAACCAGCUGUCCCCAAAAAGAUUACUUCCCUCCUAAUUUAUUUGUCAAGGUCAACGGAAAACUCUGUCCCCUGCCCGGUUAUCUCCCACCCACAAAAAACGGCGCGGAGCCGAAGCGACCGAGCCGGCCCGUCAACAUCACCCCCUUGGUGCGGCUGUCGGCGACCGUCCCCAACACCAUCGUCGUCAACUGGUCCCCGGAGUUCGGCAGGAGCUACUCCCUGUCAGUUUACCUGGUGAAGCAGCUCACAGCGGUGACGCUGCUGCAGAAGCUCAGAGCCAAGGGCAUCCGGAACCCGGACCAUUCCCGAGCCCUCAUCAAAGAAAAGCUGACUGCUGAUCCUGACAGUGAGAUCGCCACGACGAGCUUACGAGUUUCCCUCAUGUGUCCACUGGGAAAGAUGAGGCUGAUCGUGCCCUGCCGAGCCAUCACGUGCACCCACCUCCAGUGCUUUGAUGCAGCCCUCUAUCUUCAGAUGAAUGAGAAGAAACCCAAGUGGACUUGUCCUGUGUGCGAUAAGAAGGCCCCCUAUAACAAGCUGAUAAUUGAUGGGUUGUUCAUGGAGAUCCUGAACUCCUGCACGGACUGCGACGAGAUCCAGUUCAUGGAAGACGGCUCGUGGUGCCCCAUGAAGCCCAAGAAGGAGAAGCAGGAGGUGUGCCAGACAUCCGCGUUCAGUGGGAUCGAGGCCGGCUCCCUUUGCCCUGGGAGCUCCGAGGGCAGGAGCUGCUCGGAGGGCAGGAGGAAAGUGGAGGUCAUUGAUCUCACCCUGGACAGCUCGUCGGACGAGGAGGAGCCGCUGGCCAAGAAGCAGUGUCCGGUGUCCAGCGCGGCCGCACCGGCUGCCACCGGGCCCAAGGGGGUGCUGACUAUUGCCCACGGCUCCUCUGUGCUCCAGAGCCCUCCCCUGGCAGCUCUCCGCAGCGACUAUCUCUCCACCCUGCCCAUUCCCGACUACCGCCCGUCGUUCCAGGUGUCCUCAGAGCUCCAAGGUCUGGAUUUGUUUUCCUUCCUUCAAAGUGAAAACCAGCACCCCUUUUCCUUCACAGCGUUCUCUCUCUUACAUCUUUCCCGUUGCAAAUUUGGGAUGAGCCAGGGCUCGGAGGUGGAAACGCUCCAUUUCCGUGAGGCCGAAUCUGCGCGGCUGGAGGGCAGCGCUCACGGCCGGACGCAGCACCGGGCGGCGGAUCCGCGCGCACUGGGGCGGUCGCUGUAG